AUGCGAAGCAACAUUGCGAACUUCGCUCGCGUCGCAUAUGCGUGCAUAUUCGCGCCGCAAGGAGCAGAUUACGGUCCCGAAUACCCCGAUCCAAACGGUCAAUGUGCUAAGGAACUCGAGGCUACGAAGCAGUACAUUCUCGGUACAGGCCGCGACCAGCUUUUCCAAGACGCGCGGUGGAUCGUCAAUCAAGUCUUCGAUCACCCCAAGGUGAAGAAGAACCCCAAGUUCCGGCUGUUCGUAGUUGGCUACUUCCAAUUCUUCUUCGACGAGGGUGGCGAGGGCGACUGGUGCAGCAAUGUGAGCUUCGGUCUGCGGUCUAGUGAUCGUCCGAGGCUUAGUCUUGCUUUGCGGAAGCGCAUUAGUGCGCUUAUUCGCUAUUUGAACAAGGCAAUCGAGGACGGAGUCAAAGGAAGCUUCCACGCGGAGCGGGCGAUCUUUGUCAAUACUGACCAGAAUCCUGAAGGUUACCGAUUCUGCCAACCUGGUCACACUCUGUACGACCAAUACUUCGGGGACAAUGUGUAUCUUUGGAACAUGUCUCCUAGCGGUAUCUUUAAUUGGCAGGGCAAGAUGGUGGGAAGUGUAGACGAUGGCGAUGGUAACGCAGAGGAAGGACGUCAGCCGACACAAGCUAAAUUCGAGCACUGGCUCGGAACCGUUAGAUUUACCGACGACCCUCGCGAGUACCACCUGAGAUGCAUCUACGAUCUUGGUUACGGCAAUCUGUCAGCGGCUGCAGAUUCAUCGGAUGCAGCCUUACCAGCGAAUGCACCUUCACCGGCACAAGAGUCACUGUCAGCGCAUGCAUCCCUACUGACAAACAUUUCUCCGCCAACAGACACACUCCUACCAGCAGCCACGACCUUCCAGGUGGACGCAGCGCUGCCAUCCAACAAUCACGCGCCCGCCCUGACCACCGAAGCGCUGACGGCGACUAUCACGAUGAUCACAACGACCAUCAUUAUGACCUUUACAACGAUGGAAGCACUAUCGGAGACGCCCAAGAUGAUCGGAGGAUAG